CUGGUAUAUAAGAGCAUUGUAUGCCUCUCCACCUCUCUCACAUACAUACACACAUGCACACAUAGUGUAUUUGCUGGGAAGGGAAUAGUCCAGAGGCAACUAGGGAUAACACUGUCUGCCUUCUUGUAAAGGGAUAUCUUCCUUCCUGGAAUUUCCAUUAAAGAGAUUGUGGAGGUAGAACGACAUCUUCAAGGGAAACACACACGCACAGUCUUCCCCCAUCAUUACAUCUUCUCUCCAAGUCUUUGGCAUCCUUUACGACCAUCUGAUCCGCAACGCUUUCGCUCGCCGUCAGCAUCGUCAAUUGCCAGUGAUAUCAACACCAAGCAUUUUUGACAUUAUCAAGGAAACCAUGAGCAACUACAGUGUCACUCUCUUAUGCCCCGCCCCCUGGGGUUUCAGGCUGCAGGGAGGGAAGGACUUCAAUUUGCCCCUCAGCAUCUCUAGGCUGACGGAUGGUGGGAAGGCAGCUAAAGCUGGCAUGGCUGUCGGUGACAUGGUUCUGUCCAUUGACGGCAUCGCCACUGAGGGCAUGAACCACCUGGAGGCCCAGAACAAGAUCAAGAACUGCGCUGGCAACCUCAGCCUCACCCUGCAGAAGGUCUCCAGUGUCCCCAAACCUCCGUCAGUGGCAGCAAAGGACGACAGAUCAGAUAUCAUAAAACCCGUGGCCCUUACACACCCUCCGCCGCCCCAUCCCCACCCUCACCCCUGCAGUCCCUCCACCACGCCCUACAGUAAAACCUCCAGACCUUACGGGGGCUGCGGAUCAAAGAGCGAGUAUCCUCCAUCACAGUCGCCAUCUGCUGCCUUCAUCCCAUCCCCAUCCUCUGCCUUCACUCCUGCGUCCUCCCACAUCAGUCGUCCGUCUCCUCCCCCACCCCCCGUCUCUUAUCCGUCCUCCUCAUCCUCCUCCUCCUCCUCCCCUCCUGUCCUCGUUGCACCUCAGCCGUCAGUGUAUAACACACCAAUCAACCUAUACUCCACUGAGAACGCCUGCGAGGUGGCCAUGGGGCAGAGGCGGGGCCUUUUGGAGAGUCAGGGUGGAGCCUUGCCACAGCAGUUUAAUGGAGUUCCCAGGAAACACGUUGUGGACACAGACAUCCACUUUUACCACGUGCCCACUCAUGCUGAUGCCAGCAGGAAGCGCAUAACGGAGGACACAGAGGACUGGCGCCCACGCACUGGUACUACCCAGUCUAGGUCCUUCAGGAUUUUGGCUCAGAUCACUGGCACCGAGAAUGUGAUUCAAGAUGAGGAAGCUGAAAAGGCCAAGAAGACAAAUGAGGAGUGUGAGGAGCCCGAACUCAACAGCCACCAGUCUGCAGUUGUCAAGACCAUGAUCAAAGGGCCUGCAGCAACCCAGGGCCGUGGUCCACAGCCCGCUUUGAUCAUUCCAUCCUUUGGAAUGAAGCGUAAUGGCAGUGCCAGUGUCCCGAGGGGUCCAGUCCCGGCCAGACCUGUUCCUCAGCCUCACCCAAAAGAUGAAGACACCGUCGUUCAGAUGGCGGAACACUUCCCCGCUGGGACUCGAACGCCCAUGUGUGCCCACUGCAACAUGGUUAUCAGAGGACCGUUCUUAGUGGCGAUGGGUAAAUCGUGGCAUAAGGAGGAGUUUAACUGUACACGCUGCUGUACAUCAAUGGCGGAAAUUGGCUUCGUGGAGGAGCAGGGAUGUGUCUACUGCGAGCACUGCUAUGAAGACUUCUUCGCUCCGACAUGCAGCCGCUGUCAGACCAAGAUACUGGGGGAGGUGAUAAAUGCUCUCAAACAGACGUGGCACGUGUACUGCUUCAUGUGCGCUGGCUGUCAGCAGCCUAUCAGAAACAACACCUUCCAUCUGGAGGACGGAGAACCGUACUGUGAACAAGAUUUCUACAGUUUAUUUGGGACUGGCUGCCACGGCUGUGAAUUUCCCAUCGAGGCCGGGGACAGGUUCCUGGAGGCCCUUGGUUACACCUGGCAUGAUACCUGCUUCGCCUGUGCUGUGUGCUGUACCUCACUGGAAGGCCAGACCUUUUUCUCCAAGAAAGACAAACCUCUUUGCAAGAAACACGCCAACACUUUUAAGAUAUGAAUCUUUGACUCUCACUUUUUUGGCAGAGGGUUAGGAUAGGAUUAUAAGAUCUCUUAUUGUAAUAAAACUUGGUCCAUGCAACAAUCAUUUCAAAGCCAUACUCACUCUUGUACAGUGGGAGCUCAUUGAUCCAAAUGUUGCAGUGUGUGUACUUCACUAGGAAGUCAUCGAUGUCUCUGUGAUACUGAUCGGAAUUUUUAUAUUCAGAGUUUAUUCCAGAGCUUCUAAACCGGAAAUGUGUGAAAAAUAUAAUAGAACUAAGUAUAUUUGUUUUGUUUUGGGUUUUUUUCAAACAGUUAUUGUCAUUAUUGUUGAUCCUUGUGCAAAUGUAAUACAAUUACAGUUGGACUAGCAGCUCUGAAGAGUUUAAGAACACAUCCCAAAAACAAAAACAAAAUCCAAAUUUAUGCCAGGUAUGAUAAUUGAUCAUUAACACUGUUGCCUAAUAAGCAUUAACCUCUGUGAUUUUCAAAUGAAUUCUUUGGAUUUUAUUUACAAUUUGUUGUAAAAAAAAAAAAAAAUAUUGCUGGUUUCUAAACAGUUUCUAAGGAUCUUGAGAAAGAAAGAAAGACAAAGAGAUCAUAAAAUGAUCUUGUUUCUAUGAAGAAAAUUGCAAAAUUAAGGAAAAACAUCAGUAGAUGUAUAACUAACUAUAAACACAACGUUUGUAUGUUUUUGUGUCUCUUCUCGCUGUAUCUGGACUCAGUGAGACUUAGAGAAAGUUUUUUAUUCUAGGUUGGGAUUGAGUUUCAUAUAUUUACUCUUUAUAUAUUGUUUUUUUUUUUUUAUCAAUUGUAUCCUGACCUGCAGGAUUAUAAUACCCAAUCAUGGGCACUUAUUAUUAUAAUUCUUGUGUAGCAAACUCUACUGUAUAUUUGAAUUUUUUUUAUGUUUAUAAAGGGAGUGAAACGUCUUCUCAGACAAUAUGUAUUUAAAUGUUCCUGUAACUGUUUAUGUUGCUUUACAGAUACUGAAUGGAUACCAGGUAACCUGCUAGUAGGAUUAACGAGUAUUUAAUCCAUGGUCUGCUUUGUUCUCUUAACAACACAGCAAUGUUUUUUCCUCAUUUUGCACAAUAAUUAUUUUAAUAUGUUAUAUUUUUUUUUUACUUUUUACUAUCUGGGACAAGGGGGGGCUGGUACAAUUUACAAUGAUGACGAAAUGUAGUUAAACUUUUAAUUACAGUUUAAACUUUUCAAUAUAAUCUGGGUUUAAUAAAUUAUGUACUUAAAACCUC